UCAAUAUCUUCCACCGACGCCACUGACAAUGACUCCUGACCGGAGAUGUUAAAAACACGCCGAACAAAACCCGACGAAAAUAUCUUCAACCAACCGCCCCAUCACGCCGGUUAAUUCUCCACCUAUCCCGCGACGUCGUUUCAUUAAUCCAUCAUACCCCAUGUUCCCAUCUCUAUCAUUAACCAUCAUAAUCCCACAUCUUUCAACCAUCACCACACUAUAAAUACAACAUCUUUUCAUUAAAUCAUUAAUCCAAUGGUCAAACACCAUGAAUAAUAACCUUAUCUUCUUCUUCCUCGUCACCCUUUUCGUUGUUUCCUAUAAAAGGGUUUUAUCGGAAAAUCAUGCCAAUUUACCACCGCGCGGUUGGAAUUCCUAUGAUUCCUUUUGUUGGACCAUUUCUGAAGAAGAAUUCCUUCAAAAUGCUCAACUUAUUUCACAGAGAUUACAUGCUCAUGGCUAUGAGUACGCGGUGGUGGAUUACCUUUGGUAUAGAAAGUUAGUCCCGGGUGCUUACGUUGACUCCCUUGGGUAUGAUGUGAUUGACGAAUGGGGGCGGGUGAUUCCCGACCCUGGUAGGUGGCCUUCAUCGAAAGGCGGAAAAGGGUUCUCGGAAGUAGCCAAGAAGGUUCAUGACAUGGGUUUGAAGUUCGGGUUUCAUGUUAUGAGAGGCAUAAGUACACAAGCUGUCAAUGCAAACACACCAAUCUUAGACGUUACAACGGGGAAAGCUUACGUGGAAUCAGGAAAGAUAUGGCAUGCAAAAGAUAUAGGAAUGAAAGAAAGAGCUUGUGCGUGGAUGAAAAACGGUUUCAUGAGUGUCGACACUACACUAGGAGCCGGUAGAGCGUUUUUGAGGUCUCUUUAUCAUCAAUAUGCCGAAUGGGAUGUAGAUUUUGUUAAACACGACUGUGUGUUUGGAGAAGAUUUUCAACUAGACGAGAUAACCACUGUGUCAGGGAUCUUGAAGGGAUUAAACCGUACAAUUCUUUAUUCGCUAUCACCGGGAACUAGUGGCACACCAACCAUGGCAAAGAAAGUUGCGCCGCUUGUUAAUAUGUAUAGAGUGACCGGUGAUGACUGGGAUAAUUGGGGAGAUGUUGCAACCCAUUUUGAUGUUGCAAGAGAUUUUGCAGCCGCCAGUAUGAUAGGCGGCAACGGUUUGUUGGGGAAAUCAUGGCCCGAUUUGGAUAUGCUUCCGCUCGGAUGGCUCACGGAUCCCGGAGCCAAUGUUGGUCCACACAGGACUUCGGGACUUUCGCUAGACGAGCAAAAGACACAGAUGACUCUAUGGUCAAUGGCCCGGUCUCCUUUAAUGUUCGGAGGAGAUAUGAGAAAGCUCGACGAUACAACAUAUGGACUCAUCACGAAUCCAAUUCUAUUGGAAAUCAACUCUUUUAGCUCAAACAACAAGGAGUUCCCUUAUAUUACAAGUACACAUGAAUUCCCAUUCUCGAAGCAAGGUCCUAAAAUUCGAACACGAAGUCCACAUCAUAUGGGUGUGUCGGAAAAACUUGUCGUUGGGCUGUCCAGCUGUCACGUUCCCGAGGCUAAAGGUUGGUUUUCGCAAACGGUUGAAGAAAAUCUUGAACAAAUUUGUUGGAGAUGGGGUUCAAGAAGCAAAAAGGCCGAACCUUUUUGUCUAUACAAGACAGAAGCGUCUUUGCAGUCGGAUGAAGACGUCGAGUAUAGUGAAAAAUAUAGAGGUAAACUUCAUUUACAUGCAAGUAAUAGAGAAGGGUUUUGUUUUGAUACAUCGUCCAAACGUAAGCGUACGUCAAAGGAGCAUAAGAGGGCAUCAUUUUCGCCUUGUAGACUGGAUGCCAACCAGAUGUGGGAGCUGAGCAAUAACGGAACGCUCAUGAAUAGUUAUUCCGGUUCCUGUGCUUCUAUCAAAGUAAUGAAAGCCAAUACGGCUCCCGGAGGCAUUCGUUCGUGGAUCGCAACCGGAAAGAAAGGAGAGGUGUAUCUUGCUUUUUUUAACCUGAAUUCCGCAAGAACGGUUAUUUCCACGACUGUAUCGAGUCUUUCAAAGGCGUUUCCGACUAUAAACUUCGGGUCAUGUUCAUACAAAGAGGUCUGGAGCGCGAAAGAUUACGGGUCCCUACAGCAUUCGCUCUCGGCUUCUGUAGAUUCACAUGGUUGUGCACUUUUUAUUCUGACCUGCACUUAAGCGCCGCGAUCGCGUCUCUUUGGGUUAUAUUUGCAUCAUGGAGUCUUGAACUUGUAAGCAACAAGAAUCCAAUGAUUUAGAGUGGUUCUUGAAGUUUAUAUAUAAUUCCCAAAGGGUUGUUAUCUGGUGAUUGAUUUAAUGGAAUUUUAUUCACUUUAGGAUA